AUGGAAAGACGGGGAAAUGGGAAGAUGCUUUCAAUCAAAGUGUGGAACAUCAUCCAAGAGAAAGAGCAAAUAGUAUAUUGGGCUAAUCUGGUCUGGUCAUCAAAGGUUAUCCCGAGACACCAAUUCAUCAUAUGGCUUGUAUUUCGAGAAAGGCUAAACACAAGAGAUCAUGUCAAGAAGUACAUGGAAAUUCCGGAUUUAAGAUGUCUGCUGUGUGAAUGGAAUGAAGAAACAUAUGAUCAUCUCUUCGAGAACCAUUCAUUUGCCUCGAAACUUUGGAAUACAUUUGUAAAAAAUAUGGAGAUGACCAGAUUCCCGGGAGAUUGGAAAGAAAUCAAGGAAGUGGCUAUGAAGAAAGCGAAGGGAACAAAGAUUAAGUCAAAGAUUUUCAAAUGCGGAUUCGACUCAACAGUUUACAACAUCUGGCGGGAGAGAAAUGCAAGGGCAUUCUCGAGGAAUCGAAGAAGUCUGGAGCAGACCUAG